GCUCUCAUUUUCGUCUUGCAAUCUCUCCGGAUUUCUUCGUCCGAUUCUCUCCGAUCUCCUCAAAUCUCGGUAGGAGAAAAUCUCAUCAUUUCCUUCCAAAAAUCGCUCUCUUCCAUGGCCGAUUCCUGACGGUCUCGUCCCUCUCUCACUCCUGUUGCUCCAGCUAGGGCUUUCGUUCUGCUCCUUUCCCCUCCCCGAAGAGCAGAAUCGAACGCCGCCAUGCACAUCAAGGAGAUCUGUCUGGAGGGCUUCAAGUCCUACGCGACCCGGACCAUCGUCCCGGGCUUCGACCCCUUCUUCAACGCCAUCACCGGGCUCAACGGCUCCGGCAAGUCCAACAUCCUCGACUCCAUCUGCUUCGUGCUCGGCAUCACCAACCUGCAGCAGGUCCGGGCCGCGAACCUGCAGGAGCUCGUCUACAAGCAAGGCCAGGCCGGGAUCACCAAGGCCACGGUCUCCGUCGUGUUCGAUAACUCGGAUCGGGGCCGGAGCCCGCUGGGAUACGAGGACCACUCCGAGAUCACCGUGACGCGGCAGAUCGUUGUCGGUGGAAGGAAUAAAUACCUCAUAAAUGGAAAGCUUGCCCAACCUAGUCAGGUCCAGAACCUCUUUCACUCAGUACAGCUCAAUGUUAACAACCCACACUUCCUCAUUAUGCAAGGGCGCAUCACUAAGGUACUAAAUAUGAAGCCUCCUGAGAUUUUGUCCAUGCUUGAGGAGGCAGCAGGUACCAGAAUGUACGAGACAAAGAAAGAGGCUGCGCUAAAAACGCUGGAGAAGAAGCAGAUCAAGGUUGAUGAGAUAAAUAAGCUACUUGACCAAGAAAUUUUGCCUGCCUUGGAGAAGUUAAGGAAAGAACGUAUGCAGUACAUGCAAUGGGCAAAUGGCAAUGCAGAGUUAGAUCGACUUAAGAGGUUCUGCAUUGCUUAUGAUUACGUUCAAGCUGAGAAGAUAAGGGAAAAUGCGGUCUCCGGUGUCGAACAGAUAAAGGCCAAAAUCUCCGAGCUAGAUGAAAAUAAAGUGAAGAUGCAAGUGGAAUCACAGGAAUUGGAGAAGAAGAUAUCUGAUUUAACUGCACAGAAGGAAGCCAGUAUGGGAGGGAACGUAAAGACGAUGUCAGACAAAGUAGAUGCUCUUGCUCGAGAUCUCGUGAGGGAAGUGUCCAUUCUCAAUAACAAAAAUGACACCCUUCAGACUGAGAAAAAGAAUUCUGAUAAGAUUCUUAGCAAAAUAGAAGAUCUAAAGCAUUCUGUGGAAGAGAGUGCCUCUGCUGUCAAAAGAGCUGAAGAAGGGACAGUCGGUCUUAGGAGCAAAUACGAGGAACUCUUGAAGAAUUUGGAUGAGAAAGAAAGUGAUUACCAGGGCAUCCUUGCUGGAAAGAGCAGUGGAAAUGAGGAAAAGUGCCUUGAGGACCAGCUAGGUGAUGCUAAAAUAGCAGUUGGAAGGGCGGAUACAGAAUUGAAGCAGUUGAAAACAAAGAUAGCCCACUGGGAAAAAGAGCUGAAGGAGAAAAGGAAGGAACUAUUGUCAAAGCAUGAGGAAGCUGUUGCUGUGGAGAAUGAACUUAAUAGUAGAAUAAGAGAUGUUGAAAUUGUUCAAAAGGCUUUAGAAUCUGUUCCUUAUAAGGAGGGGGAGAUGGAAGCGCUUCAAAAGGAUCGUGCGCUGGAGUUGGAGGUGGUGCAAAAGUUGAAAGAAGACAUAGGGAUUCUUUCAGCACGGUUAGCAAAUGUUAAUUUUACAUAUCGUGAUCCCAUCAAGAAUUUCGAUCGAUCAAAAGUGAAAGGUGUGGUUGCAAGACUAUUCAAAGUGAAGGAUAGCUCAACAAUGACUGCCUUAGAGGCCGCAGCUGGCGGAAAGUUGUAUAGUGUUGUCGUUGAUACGGAAAAUACAGGAAAACAACUGCUACAAAAUGGAAAUCUUCAAAGAAGAGUAACUUUCAUACCGUUAAAUAAAAUCCAGCCAAAUGUUGUGUCGCCUAGUGUUCAGCAUGCUGCUGCCAGAGUGGUUGGCAAGGAGAAUGCAGAACUGGCACUGUCAUUAGUUGAUUAUGACAAGGAAUUGAAGAGCGCAAUGGAAUAUGUCUUUGGAUCAAGUUUUGUCUGCAAAACGAUAGAUGCUGCAAAAGAGGUAACUUUCAAUAAGGAGAUUCAUACUCCAAGUGUCACUCUCGAAGGUGAUAUAUAUCAGCCAGGCGGUCUUUUAACCGGUGGAAGCCGCAAGGGUGGAGGUGACUUGUUGAGGCAUGUUCGUGAUUUGGCAGAGGCUGAGUCAAAACUUGCUAUACAUCAGAAUAGGCUAUCGGCGAUCGAAGCCAAGAUUUCUGAGUUGUCGCCCCUUCAAAAGAAGUUCUUGGAUCUCAAAUCACAGUUAGAGCUGAAGUCCUAUGACCUUUCUUUGUUUAAGAGUAGGGCUGAGCAGAAUCAGCAUCAUAAGCUUGGCGAAUUAGUGAAGAAGAUUGAGCAGGAACUUGAAGAAUCAAAGUCUGCGGUCAAAGAAAAGCAAAUAUUGUAUGAGAACUGUGUCGCUGCAGUGUCGUCGCUUGAGAAAUCUAUUAAAGAGCAUUCAAAUAAUCGGGAAGGCCGGCUUAAGGAGUUGCAAAAUAGUAUCAAUGCAAUAAAAACCCAGAUGCAAUCGGUGUCAAAGGAUUUAAAGGGGCAUGAAAAUGAAAAGGAGAGGCUCAUCAUGAAAAUGGAAGCAGUUGUACAGGAACGUGCUUCUUUGGAGGGUGAACUAGCUUCUUUACAAAGUCAAAUCAAUGCUAUAGCUUCUGAUGUAGAGGAACAGAAAUCCAAGGUUGCUUCUAUAAGGAAGACUCAUGAACAGGCCGAGGUGGAGCUCAAUCAAAUCCGACAGAAGCUGAAGGAAUGUGAUACCCAGAUAAGUUGCUUUGUUAAGGAGCAGCAAAAGCUUCAAGCUGCACUUAGCGAGACAAAUCUUGAGAAGAAGAAGAUGGAAAAUGAGGUAAAGCGUAUGGAAAUGGAACAGAAAGAUUGUUCUCUGAAGGUCGAAAAAAUGAUUGAGAAGCACGCCUGGAUUGCUUCUGAGAGGCAGCUUUUUGGAAGAAGUGGAACUGAUUAUGAUUUUGCUUCUCGUGAUCCAUACAAAGCAAGCGAGGAACUGGAAAAAUUACAAUCUGUGCAAUCUGGGCUUGAGAAAAGAGUAAACAAGAAAGUUAUGGCAAUGUUUGAGAAAGCAGAAGAUGAAUAUAAUGGGUUGAUGUCCAAGAAAAACAUUAUUGAGAAUGACAAAUCAAAGAUAAAGAAGGUUAUUGAAGAACUAGAUGAGAAGAAGAAGGAAACACUAAAUGUUACUUGGGUUAAGGUUAACAAUGACUUUGGAUCAAUAUUUUCUACCCUGUUACCUGGCACAUCAGCAAAACUUGAGCCUCCAGAAGGAUGCAGCUUCUUAGAUGGGCUUGAGGUUCGUGUUGCAUUUGGAGGCGUCUGGAAGCAGUCCCUAUCAGAACUGAGUGGAGGGCAGCGAUCUCUACUUGCUCUUUCUCUAAUCCUUGCACUGCUUCUCUUCAAACCAGCACCUUUGUAUAUACUAGAUGAGGUUGAUGCAGCACUUGAUUUAAGUCACACGCAGAACAUUGGAAGGAUGAUUAAAACUCACUUUCCUCAUUCCCAGUUUAUCGUUGUUUCUUUGAAGGAAGGGAUGUUCAAUAAUGCUAACGUUCUGUUCCGCACGAAGUUUGUCGACGGUGUUUCCACUGUCCAGCGCACAGUUGCAUCCAAGCAGAGCAAGUGAUCCCAAUUUCAUGGAAGUAGAAAGCUGCAGAAUUGUAUGUCUUCACGGUACAAGUUAGCAGUCAGUAAAUUGGAAACAUUUAAUCGAAGAGAUAUUUCAACUUGCCUUUUUUGUCUGACAGUAACAUCCAGAAGCAUGAGCUGAGUCAAUGUUUCAUUGGCACAGAUGCCUUUAAUGUAGUUUAAAGCAUGUCUUUUUCCCCAA